AUGACACUCAGCGCGGAGAAGCUCUUCGAUGAGCUUGGGCAGCAAUAUGAGGAGUCAUACGUCAACAAUUCUGGGCUUGAGGAUGCCAUCGACUGUGCUCUCAAGGAACUCUCACCAAAAAGCCAAGUUCUCGAUGUAGGCUGCGGAACUGGAAAGCCAGUGGCAACCCGCGUUGCCCACGCCGGCCACAAGAUCCACGGCAUUGAUAUCUCGCAGGAGAUGGUCAAUAUUGCCUCCCGCCAAGUCAUCGGCCGGUUUGAAAAAGCGGACAUGACGACCUUCCAACCCUCCAUGCAGUAUGACGCUAUCUUCACCAUCUUCUCCAUGUUCCAGCUCUCGCAUAGUCAAACAUACUCAAUGAUGUUCAAGUACUCCGAGUGGCUGAAGACUGGCGGGCUGCUGGUAUUGGGAACUAUACCCAGCACCAGCCUGGUGGAUGAUGAGAGUCUGUAUGAUGCCUCAGGAAAGAUUGUCCGACAUGCCGAUCUUCUCUUCAUGGGUAGGAGAUUCCUCGGGACAGUAUAUACUAAGGACGGAUGGCGGGAUUUGUUCAGGGCUGCGGGCUUUGAAAUCCAGCUCGAAAGAUCCUUUGUCUUCAACGCGAAACCACCGCACGACAAGGAGAUCCAAGAUCAUUACUUGAUAAUCGCUAAGAAAGUUGUCGAUCACGCGCUUAUGGGACCAUACCCGCUCCCCACGUCAUAUCGUGGGCCCCAUCCACUCAGUGAGGCUGCCUGGGCCCCUUUCUCAGAGCGGCUGGUUAGAGAUGAAUUCGACGCAGUGUUGGAAGUAAUCAAAGGGAAUAAGAAGGUCUUGGAUGUUGGAAGUGGUUAUGGAAGUGAGUAUAUCCUUCUGGCAUCUGAAUACACUCCCGGCUAA